GCCGCGGCGGCGGCGGCGGCGGGGCUGGCGGGCGGAGGCUGCGCGCAGACCGGAUGGGCUCGCCGGAACCCCGCGCCCCGCUGGCCGCCCAGGACGACGACGAGGCGGCCGAGGCGGCGGAGCACGACGGAGGCGAGCUGGACUCGCGGAGCUCGGCGGGCGACGCCGGCGGCGGCGAGCGGCGCGUCGACAAGUUCGGCUUCCUGGUGGCCGACGGGCAGGACGCCGGGGACCCUCCGGAGGCGCCGCCGGUGGAGGUGCCGUUGGACGUGCUGAGGCAGAGGGAAUCAAAAUGGCUGGACAUGCUCAACAGCUGGGACAAGUGGAUGGCGAAAAAGCACAAGAAGAUCCGGCUGAGGUGCCAGAAGGGCAUCCCACCUUCCCUGCGUGGCCGGGCGUGGCAGUACCUUUCGGGGGGCAAAGUCAAGCUGGAACAGAACGCUGGCAAGUUUGAUGAGCUGGACGUGGCUGUGGGAGAGCCCAAAUGGCUGGACGUGAUUGAGCGAGACCUCCACCGCCAGUUUCCCUUCCACGAAAUGUUUGCUGCACGAGGAGGCCACGGGCAACAAGAUCUAUUCCGGGUCCUGAAAGCCUACACUCUGUAUCGGCCAGAGGAAGGAUAUUGCCAGGCCCAGGCUCCCAUUGCCGCUGUCCUGCUGAUGCACAUGCCUGCCGAGGUGCGCUAGAAUUCCUCUUCCAGGCGCGCCAUUCCGUCCCUUCUCCCUCUGUGUCCUUCCCUUCGCGCUCCGGAGGCGGCUUCCUCUGGCUCGGAGGCCAUCCAGUUGGACGGUGAGAUUCUCUUCUCUCUGCUGCAGAGAGUCUCCCCGCUGGCAUACAAGCAUCUCAGCAAGCAGAAGAUCGACCCCAUCUUGUACAUGACGGAGUGGUUUAUGUGCGCCUUCUCCAGGACCCUGCCCUGGAGUUCUGUGCUGAGGGUCUGGGAUAUGUUCUUUUGUGAAGGCGUCAAGAUCAUCUUUCGCGUGGGCCUGGUCCUCCUGAAGUACACCCUGGGUUCCUCGGAGAAGCUGAGAUCCUGCCAAGGGCAAUACGAGACGAUGGAACAGCUGAGGACCCUGAGCCCCAAAAUCAUGCAAGAGACUUUCCUUGUGCAAGAGGUCAUAGAGUUGCCAGUGACAGAGCGCCACAUUGAGCGGGAACACCUGAUCCAGUUGAAGAAGUGGAAGGAGACCCACGGAGAGCUGCAAUGCAAGUCCCCUCCCCGCUUCCACGGCGCCAAGGCUAUCAGGGACUCUGAGCCGUAUGCCCACAGAGCCUUGGAGCCCUCUCCUUCCAUCAUCCUGCCCCCCGGUGCCGCCCUCCUCCCCAAGGGCCGCAAGAGCAAGUCGCGGAAGGACACCCCCAAAGGUCCCGUGAGCGUGGGCGACCAAGCCAACGGCCCCGUCCCCGAAGAAAACGGAUCUUUGCUGGAGCCCGACUCCUCCCUUUUCCAUCAGUCCAAGGAGAGCCUUAGUUCCCGGGAGAGCGAGGACACCUACCUGUAGGGGUGGGGAAUUGCACUUUCCAGAUCACCCACCCACCCACCCACCCCUUUUUCUCCCAGGCCACCCAAACCAGACUGGGAGGCGCCCUUCAUAGGAAAAACGGCAGCUGGGUUUUGUAAGGAGGGGAGGAAGAUUUGUCAGAGGGCAAGUGGGUAAGUAUUAGGCCUUCCGGUGGCCGAAGGGAAGGAAUCCCGUAUGUCUUCGGCAGCCCUAGCUGGAAAGGGCUAGCGCCUCUCCUGCCCCCUGCUCUGGUGGUGGUGGUGGUGGUGGUAGGGAGACAUUCUUGAGGCGGAGAAGCACGGAGGUGUCCCCCCCCCCCUUGCUUUGGGGGAAAAAGUGAGAUUGGCCGGAAUCAUUCAGGUAUAGAAACACAGGAAGGAACUGUAGCUGCCUAUAGAUCCCUCAGUUACAGGUGUGGGUUGGCUCGCGUUUUCAGAUAGGAAUAAAUGGAGGCCGUCCCCUUAACUCAGACCCUGCCCUCCUCUCGCUCGGUGGGCCGAAGGGCAAGAAGCUUCUUGAUUUUCUAUCCCAGGAGGGGCUGUGUCCCAACUUCCCGCGCGUGCAAUUGCCUACGCCCUCGAGUCGUACAUUCCACCCUUGAUCCACCCUUGAUCCGAGAAGCGGCCAGUCUUCUCUCUUGGAUACUACUACCUCUUUCUCUCUCUUUCUCUUUCUCUCUCUCUCUCUCUCUCUCUCUCUCUCUCCCUC